AUGGAGGAGAGAUGGAGGAGCCCCCCGCCUCCAGCAAUUCCAAUGCCUGAAGGAGAAGUCGAAGCUCUCAAAGCAGAGCAGAUGCAAGACGCGGCCUUGAAGCAGUGUAUGGCCAAGUGCCCUAUUUGGGACCCGUUGGCAACUGCAAAGCCUGAAGAUCUUCAGCAUGCAUCGCUUGUGGUGCUACAGCGUUUAGCACGCCCAGAGCGUCGUAUUGCACCAUCUUUGCGCCGUGCAUCUGCGGCAGUGGAUGCUGCUGGCCGGAGCUUUGAGCGAUGGGUCCGUAAACGACAGGAUUUGGGGCGCGAGCUUCCUAAGCUACGGAAGAUCAUCAUGGGUUGCAAGACUCUGCAGGAUGAGCAAGAUGCUCAAGAGGUCGACAACGACCUUGAGGCCAUCCGUGCAGAGACCGACCGAGCACGGCAGCAGGUGCAAAAAAAAUGCUAG